AUGUAUUCAGUUAUUAGGAACUACUUCGAUCUCAGAGGAUCGAUUCUCAGUCGACGCGUGACAACCGUGUCUGUUCCAUGUGUUUUAUCGUUACAAUUUAUCGAAGACUUUAUAUCAAAGAUAGUAGCUGAUAAGAUAUAUUAAUUAAUAAACACAUGAGGUUAGUUUCAUGUAGAUAGUUCACUAAGCCGGUGGCUAUAGCGUGUUUUCGCAAGUGUCAUCGUGCGACAUGAAUGUAUCAUGAUGAUGAGAAGAAAUGUUGUGAGUCUGAUAAAGUUCUUCCUUAUGGCGGUUUUUACUGUUUUUCUAACCGUCGUUGUGUUUCGUUAUGUACGAGCAACACCUAACCAUGAAAUCAUGACACCAGUUGCAUUGGUAGCCUUCGAUAGUAGCAGUUCGAAAAAUUUGGCAAUGUAUAGCAACCAGAAUUUCAACAAUCAUUAUCAGGAUAUUAAUGAAAAGAUAGAUUGGCAUGAUUAUAUGAAAAUUGAAGAAGAAACAAAAAGAAUUGGAAAAGGUGAACAUGGGAAACCAGCAUUUCUGUCACCAUCUCUUGAUGCAUUAAAGGAAAAGUUAUAUCAGUGCAGAUAGCUAUUCCACAUCAUAUCAUUCAAAGUAACUGCCCACAGUAAAACUGUCAAGUUACAAAUGCAAGUUCUUGAAUACCAGCAAAAGAGAACAAAUCUGCGAGUUAUAUUUGUACAGGUGCCUCUAUCGUUCGGCACCAAGCUGCUGGCGCAGUAAUUUCUAAAUAUCUUGAAAUGGUUUCACCGAGGCAGCAACUUGGUAGAACGUCAAUAUGUAGCGUUCAUUAUGGAUCCUGGCUGGUAUUUUGUGAUGACUCACAGUUCUGUGGACUAUGUAACUGAUGAGCUGGUGGUGUGAGUAUAACUGGAGAUUGGGACCAAAGAGGAGUAUGAACUGGAGAUGGUCUAGGUUGAGAUUGUUGUUCUUCUUGCAUUUGUUGUAUUACAGUAACAUCAGGAUAACUGAAAAAAAAAUAAAAGAAUAAUUGAAUAAAAUUAAAAUUUACAUUUAAAUAAAAAUUAUAUUUAUGAUAAAUAAAACUAAAAAAAUUUUCUUCAUCAAAAUCUUACCCUAUACAUCCCCAGACUAAACUACGUCUCGAUCGCAAUAUAUCUCUGUUUUGUGGUUGAUAUUUUUCUGUUUCUUCCGUACAAUCCUCGCUUGUGUCUUCCACUUCCUGUUCUUCAUCGGGACAAAGUUCGCAUGCCCUUUCUAAUGUUUUCUUUGCACUAUUACUACGUUCCAAAACAUAACCAUUCGCAGAAUCAUUAGAUUGAGCUGGUGGAGACCAAUUACUAUAUGCAUGAGUAUAUGGUGCUGCAGAAGUAUAAGGUCUCUAAAAAUAAAAUUAUUAUUAUUAUUCAAUAAAUUAAUUUUUUUUUAUAUUAUUAUAAUUAAAAAAUAAAUUUUUGUUCAAUACUUUAUCGAGUUCUUCAUGAAGCCAGUCAGUAGCAUGUAUCCAUUUUCUUUUUAAUUCCGAACUAUGAUGUAAAAGUUGAUGUGCAGGUCUGCAUUUGCUAAAAAGCUGCACCAUACAUUUAAUACACUGAUAUCCUCUUUUCUGAUAAUGAUGUUUACUUCUUUGUAUUAUCUCGAAUAAACCUUCUCUUUCAUCUGGUACACCUAAUAAUAAUUACGUUUUACGAUCUCAAGUUUUAACAUCUUUUAAAUUAAAAACUUAUACCUGCAACGUUUGUACCUUUUAGAGCAUUAUGAACACGAUGUGUUUGCCAUGAAUCUUCCAUAAGAAGUACAGCAAGUAAUAAAUCAGUGUGAUGUUUUAUUUCGUGUGCAAAAGAAAAUCCAAUCUGCCAUAAUAAUUCACUGAGAACGGUUCGAGAUACGUGAGGAUUCUCCCAACAACAAUAUUGCAAUAAUUUUACUGUAUCUUCAGUAACAUUAACAUCUGCAUCUUCGAUUAAUUUUUUCAUAUAACUGCAAGACAAAAUUUAUUUUUAUAAUUUUUAUAAUUUAUUCUAUAUCUUCUAGUUAAAAUGCAAAUUGUUUAAGACAAACCUGUUUUUAACGAAGAGUAUAUCUGCUGCUUGUGGUUGAAUAGGCAUCAAAUAUUCAUUUUGACAUGCUGGAUCACCAUAUGGAUUUGAUAAAGGUACUACUCCUGAUUGUGCAAGACUUGAAUGUGCUUUUGAUGAUACAUCACAACAACGUAUCAACAUACUAACUACUUGAUGCAAUUUUGUUAAUUCAGGAUAUUGAUAUUUUAUCGUAGGACCGGGUCCUUCAUCAAUCGCAACCAGCAUAAAUGUAACAGGGACAUUUAACUAUGAUAAAAAAUAUGAAUGAUACAAUCCAAAUAAAUAAUUAAAUAUUUUUUUAUUUAUAGAUAAAGAAAAUUGUAAUUUACCUUAAGCAAUUGAGCUUUUUCAGCAAGACCAAGCGAUGCAUACGUAUGAAAUAGUGAGAAAUAAUGUGGUAAAUGGCGUCCAUGAUCCGAGAUUUCACGAUGAAGUAAAGAAAGAACUGCAUGUAAUAAAUGAUCACUAAGCGUUGCUGUUGGAUCCAAAAGUAUAGCUAAAAAAUAUGUUAAAAAUUUUUUUUAUUAGAUUUUUUAUUAAAUUUUUUAUUUUAUAAGUUCAUUUUUAUUAUAUAAUUAAAAAAAAAUUCAAUAUUUAUGACAAUACAAUAUAAAUUAAAUAAUAAAUUGAAAUAUUUACUUGGUGCAUUUAGACUAGGCGGCACGCACGGUCCAUCUAAGAGAGAAAUAUGUGCAAGAAAUACCAAUAUUUUAAGAAAAGCUGUUCGAACUUCUGUACUGGGACAACUCAAAAGAUAUUCACAAAAUCUAAAGACAAUUAAUUAAUUUAUAAAUAUUAAUUAAUAAAUAUUAAUAUUUUGUAAAUUCAUAUAUAUAUAUAUUUAAAAAAAUGCCUACCUAUGAGGAUGAUUAAAUAGAACAUUAUGAGCAAACCAAGAUCGCACUGACUUGCUGCUACGUAAAUGGUGGCAAACGAUAUCAUACCAAUCUGUUGCAUUACCGCGUAAAGUUUUCUUAGUAUGAAAACCUGUAUAAAACAAAAAUCUUGAUGCUAAUUGUACAGAUAACAUUGCGAGUUCCUCCUGUUCCGGGCUCUAUAAUUAUAAUUUUUAAAAAUUAUAGAUAUUUGACAAAUAAUAUUAUAAUGAAAAUAUAUAUUAUCAUUUGUUAAAUCAA